UUUGGCUGUGUCCAAUUCCUCAUGUCAGUGAAAACAGUUCUUCCUUCCAUGGAGAUCUCAUGGCUCUGCAUAUCCCAGAGCUCAAUAACUUCUCAAAAAGUGAUUGCUUUCUUACAUGUUUUCGGUUUUCUCACCAAACCCAGUUCUGGGUGUUUCAAUAAACUCCAUUCCAAUUACUUGCCUCUCAUUGUUUGUGGACCUUGUUUAAUCUAACGUCCCUUUUGUUCUUUCUUCAAGUCAUCAACUUUCUACUCCUAAAAUAAUUUAUUCCUUGGUUGUUAUCAUUUCUUUUGCUUUAUUUGUUUUAUUGUUUAAUUAAUUUCUUCUCCAUCAUUGAGGAAGCCUGGGAUUAGUGAUAUUGUUGUUGAGAUUUGGUGUUUUAUGGGAUGGGGAUGGUUAUAAUUCAGCUGGUCUAUUGUCUUUGUCUCAUUAGCUUUGUUUUGGCUCUCCAAAGAUCUAAAGGGCUUACAACAUCCCCAUCACCAGCAACCUCUUCUGACAUUGCUCCCAUACAAGGAACAUUAGGUCCUGUCCAAAAUGGGAAGUCAUUUAGCAGCAACGCACCGAGCUCGGUGUCGCAACCAAUUGGGUCAUUUUUACCUCCUGAAGUUGCAUCGCCACCUCUUUCCUCCCCACCAGAACCUCAAACACAAGAGGGGCUAGUGCCAUCAUUGCCACCAAGCAUUACAGAAGUUUUCCCACCAUUUAAUACAGCUCCUCCACCCGUAACCGAUCAAGGGCAUGUACCAGCAAUUCCACCAGCCAAUCCUCAAGGAAAGGAACCGGUUGCGGAAGCUCCUGUCUCCUUGCCAGUUGCUCCAGCCCCUCCACCCAUUACUGUUCAUGUACCCGCCGUACCACCAGCUGCUUCUCAAGGAAAGGAACCAGUUAUCGAGUCGCCUGUCUCAUUGCCGGCUGCUCCAGUUCCAGUUGAAACGCCUUCAAGGAACAUGCCACAUGUUUCCCCAGCUGCACAUCCUAGCACACCUGAAAUUCCACCAGUAAGUUCUGACCAAAGAAAUUCUACAGAUAAUAAGGGUCCCGUCUCCGAGCCAAUUACCCCAGUAUCUAUUGCUUCACCACCGAGGAAAUUGGGACUACAUCCACCUGUUACAAUUGUUUCAGCACCAAGUCAAGCGCCGCAAAGUUCACCCAUUAUCCAUCCAACUACACCUAGAGGAUCUCCAUUAAUACCUGACCAUGAAAUCUCUCCUGUGUCAUCUCCUCCCCCAAUCAAUGACCGGAAAAGGCGGGGAAUACCUGUUUCUGCACCAUCAUAUACAAAACCCCAGCCAUCAGCACCUGUGGGCCAAAUCCCAGUAAACGGUUCUUCUGCUGGUGCUCCUUCAGAACAUGAACCUCCCAGACAUUUUUAUAAUGCUCCUCCACCAUUGUCAUUUCCCAAUUCUCAUAAUAAAAGACAUAAUCCUCCUGCAUCCUCACCUUCAACCUCAUUUUAUAAGCAUCAUCACGCGAGAAACAAAAUCACCAAUCCUGCUCCUGCACCAUCAUAUACAGUUUAUCCUCCCCCUUCGAAACCGCAAGGUCCAACUGUCCCACCAGAACCACUUCAAACGCAUAGACAAAGACAUUACGCUUCUUCCCCCUCAAAACCAGGUUCUUCAGUUUCACCAUCUCAUAGCCCUUUUUCUCGACCAUUAAGUCAUGUUUCACCGGCACCUACUCCAUCUCAUAAAGCUGCAUCAAGCAACCCCAAAAAAGCCUCUCCUCCAUCAGAAAGCCCAAAGGUAUCAUUCCCGCCACCACUUCGGGCAUUUCCUCCUCCACCUCCUAAUGAAGAUUGUUCAGCAACCAUUUGCACUGAGCCUUAUACAAACACUCCUCCUGGAUCACCUUGUGGCUGUGUUUUGCCCAUCCAAGUCGGAUUACGGCUUAGUGUCGCUUUAUAUACAUUCUUCCCAUUGGUGGCGGAGCUUGCCCAGGAAAUUGCUGCUGGUGUUUUCAUAAAACAAAGUCAGGUUCGCAUCAUUGGAGCUAAUGCAGCUAACCAGCAACCAGAUAAGACAGUAGUACUUGUUGAUUUGGUACCUCUGGGGGAAAGGUUUGAUAACACCACUGCUUUUUUAACUUAUCAAAGAUUCUGGAAUAAGCAAGUUACCAUCCAAGUGUCCUACUUUGGCGACUAUGAAGUGCUAUAUGUGCGGUAUCCAGGUUUACCCCCAUCUCCACCUUCUGCUGGUGGUAUAAUAGAUGAUGGGCCGUAUCCUGGUACUGACAGUAAUGCAAGGACAAUAAAGCCCUUUGGGGUUGAUGUGCCAAAAAAGCAUCAUAAAAAGGGGCUUAGUAAUGGCAUAAUUGCUAUUAUUGCUCUGUCAUCCUCUCUGGCAGUGAUUUUGUGCUCUGCGGUAGCUUGGAUUUUUCUUUUUAAACGUAGGGACAAAGUUUCUCAACAAGGUCCAACUCAAAAGGUUAUGCAACCUUCCCUCUCCAAACCAUCAGGAGCUCCUGGGUCCCUGAUAGGAAGUAGGAACAGUUUUGCUUCUUUAUCAUUUGGAUCUAGCAUUGCAACUUAUACAGGAUCUGCCAAGACUUUCAGCGCAAGCGACAUAGAGCGAGCAACCGAUCAUUUCAGUGCUUCUAAAGUACUUGGGGAAGGAGGCUUUGGGCGUGUUUAUAGCGGUGUUCUUGAAGAUGGCACCAAAGUUGCUGUCAAAGUUUUGAAGAGAGACGAUCAGCAGGGUGGUCGUGAAUUCUUGGCUGAAGUUGAGAUGCUUAGCCGCCUUCAUCACCGGAAUUUGGUCAAGUUGAUUGCUAUAUGUAUAGAGGAGCGCAGCCGCUGCUUGGUUUACGAGUUGAUCCCAAAUGGCAGUGUCGAAUCUCAUUUGCAUGGUGUGGACAAGGAAACUGCUCCACUAAAUUGGGGUGCCCGAAUGAAGAUUGCGCUGGGUGCUGGUCGGGGACUGGCAUAUCUACAUGAGGAUUCUAGCCCCCGUGUCAUACAUAGAGAUUUUAAGUCCAGCAAUAUCUUGUUGGAAGAUGAUUUUACACCAAAAGUCUCCGACUUUGGUUUGGCUCGGACAGCUUUGGAUGAGGAAAACCAACAUAUAUCGACACGUGUCAUGGGAACAUUUGGAUAUGUGGCUCCUGAAUAUGCAAUGACUGGGCAUCUUCUUGUAAAGAGUGAUGUUUACAGUUAUGGAGUUGUCCUUCUUGAACUUUUGACUGGAAGGAAACCAGUAGACAUGUCACAGCCACCCGGUCAAGAAAAUCUAGUUGCAUGGGCCCGUCCGCUCCUCACUAGUAAAGAAGGUUUGGAAAUGCUUAUAGAUCCUUCUCUGGGGUCUGAUGUUCCAUUUGAUAACGUGGCCAAAGUAGCAGCCAUUGCAUCGAUGUGCGUACAACCGGAGGUAUCGAACCGCCCUUUCAUGGGCGAGGUUGUUCAGGCCUUAAAGUUGGUGUGUAAUGAGAUUGAGGAAGCAAAAGAACUUGGUUCAAGAACCUCAAGUAGAGAGGAUUUGUCAAUCGAUUUGGAUGCCUCGGAACAGUUGCAAAGCCAACACUCAGUCCACAGCUAUGAGUCUGAGCUCGAUCUAGGGAGAGGAAUGUCGGCUUCAGAGUUGUUCAGUACAUCUGCGAGAUUAGGCACCGAACAAUCUGAAUCGUUUAGGAGGCACUCUAGUUCUGGUCCCUUGGGAAGCAGGAGAAGCAAGCGUUUCUGGCAGAGAGUAAGGGGACUAUCUGGAGGCAGCGUGAGUGAACAUGGGUUCACAUUCAGAUUAUGGUCGGGUUCCCAUUGAAAGGCUCCAAGAGGUCCCGAUAAAAGAAUUGAUUUCUUUUUAAUUUUCCAGUUCUCGAUGUUCCAAGUGCAAGUGUACAUUUUGAUCUUUCCAUGCAGAAAAGAGUUGAAGAAGGCUUUCAGAGGCUUGAAACUGGAAGAUAAGCAAAGUGGUGAAUAUGGGGUGUGAAUUUUCUGCAGUCAUGAGGUUCUUCAAGUUAAAUACUUAAAUGGGAUGGAUUUAUAAACCAAUUUGGAUCAACAUUAAUAAAUUUCAAAUGAUCAACAGGGGCUAGUCUCGGCCGUCUACUUCGUACGAUGAUCAAAAUCGUCGGAUUUGUGUAGUGAAUAAGUUCGGACUGAGGCUGCUAUAAAACGUUUGUAUGUAAAAAUCCAAUGAAUGAAUGACUGUAGAGAGAGAGUUUGCUCUUGUUACAGAAAUUGUACAGAAGAUUUUGUUGCCCCCACCUUUAAAGUAAAAAUCAUAGUAAUAAUGUUGCUUUCAUAUGAUAAGAUUUGACUAUUUGCAUUGCUAUCACAUG